GUCUCAGUGCGCAUCAACCAGACAACCCCCCACGUCUGCACACUAAUAUCAGCCUCAGAGUAUAAGAACGGAAAGUUGUUUCAGUUACAUCGAAGUAAGACAGGAUACCAGGACCCUCAUAAACAUUCCCUGAUCUGUCAUCCUGAAUCACCUGCUGCAAACGCUGCAGCCCCCUGUGAACAGCUGUCUCUCUCGACUGAUGGAAAACUGUCACUAUCUGCUGAAUAGAGGAGAGAGAGAGGAGUAACGUCAACAGCAGAAGAAGCAGGAACCAGCAGCAGCAGCAGCAGCAGCGACAGCGGCGACUAAGGGAGCUAUUGUUCCCUUGUGUUAGGCAGUUUGUAUUCUUCUCAACUGACAAUCAGCACCAGAAGCUGAGAGAGGUGACUUCUUCCAACACCAUUCAUGUAGGAAUAUUAAUCCUACCUCUCCCAGAAAAAGAAAUAUACUUUUCCACAAAGGUUUUCCCAUUUAUCUGGUGGAUUAAAGCAUCCAGCUUGAGAUAUGGGGCUGAGAGGGAGAGGUACAGUCUUAUUUAGUUGUCCAAAAGGGACUGCUCCUUCAGCCCAUUGCUUGUGGAUGGUUAUGCUCCUGCUGUUUGGAAUCUGGGAUGCUCAAGCACAGACUGAAGGAGACACUAAAUCUACAUAUGUCUGGAAGACAGGUCCCUGGGGAAGAUGCAUGGGGAGUGAAUGUGGCCUGGGGGGCAGCCAAAGCAGGGCAGUAUGGUGUGCCCACAUAGAAGGAUGGACAACUUUACAUACAAACUGUCUGCAGACCGAAAGACCUGACAACCAGCAAAGUUGUUUUAGGGUCUGUGACUGGCACAAGGAGUUAUAUGAUUGGCAGCUGGGGGACUGGGAUCAGUGUCAACCUGUGGCAUUAAUGAACUCUGGAUCAUACAAGCGUCCAGAGUGCACAAAAGGGGAGGAGGGGCUUCAGACUAGGGAGGUGUCCUGUGUCCAGAAAUCCAAUGGAGCGCCUGCCGAGGAUGUGAUUUGUGAAUACUUUGAACCAAAGCCUCGUCUUGAGCAGGCUUGUCUCAUCCCUUGCCCACAGGACUGUGUUGUCUCUGAGUUCUCCUCAUGGUCCAAGUGUUCUAAGACAUGCGGCAGGGGGUUAGAACAUCGAAUUAGGAGUGUCUUGGCCCCACCACUUUUUGGGGGUUCAGCUUGUCCCAACCUGACAGAAUUCCAGCCCUGCCAAUUCAGUGCCUGCGAGUCAGAGGAGAGUAUGUACAGCUUGAAAGUGGGUCCCUGGAGCAGCUGCUCCUUGCCCCACUCAAGACCAGUACGGCAGGCUGGGAAGCGAAGGAAGAACAAAGGCAAGGAGAAGGGGGUUAAGGACCCGGAGACAAGAGAGCUCAUCAAGAAAAAGAGAAACCGAAACCGGCAAAACAGGCAAGACAGCAAGUUCUGGGACCUGCAGAUUGGAUACCAGACACGACAGGUUACCUGCACACAUAAGAAUGGGAUAAUUGUUGCUCUAAACCUCUGCACUCAAGAAAAACUUCCAGUCACCUUUCAGUCCUGUAUCAUCACCAAGGAUUGUGAAGUGACUGAGUGGUCUGAGUGGGGUCCUUGUUCCAAGGAUUGCUAUGACGUGAACUCUCCCAAGGGUGCCCGGACCAGAAGAAGAAGCGUAAAGCAGUUUCCUGUGGGCGGUGGUGCAGAGUGCCCAGAACUGGAGGAACAAGAACAGUGUGCCCCUCAAGGAGAUGGUGUCCCACCUUGUCCUUCGUAUGCAUGGAGAACUACAGAGUGGAGUGAAUGCCGUGUGGACACUUUACUCAGUCAGCAGGAUCGAAGAAGAGGGAAUCAAACAGGCCUUUGUGGAGGAGGAGUACAAACUAGAGAAGUGUACUGUGUCCAAGGGAAUGAGGAGCUUCUCUCCUACCUGAACACACUUCAAGAAAAAGAAGAAAGUCAGUCUGAAAGCAAGCAGAAACCUGGUGUUGCACCACUUCUGUCAAUCACUUUUGAAAUAACAGCAUCCAGACCCGUGGACAGUGAGCUGUGUGCAGGCCCUGUACAAAACACCACCAAGCUGUGCCACAUUGUCUGCCCCAUAGAAUGUGAAGUCUCAUCAUGGACAGCUUGGGGGCCCUGCACUUAUGAAAACUGUGAAGACCAAGUGGGGAAAAAAGGUUUUAAAUUGAGAAAAAGGCGAAUCAUAAACGAGCCUAGAGGUGGAACUGGAAACUGUCCCCAUCUCACUGAAGCAAUACCAUGUGACGAGCCGACGUGCUACGAUUGGCAGCUGGUUAAACUCGGAGAGUGCUUACCUGACAAUGAGAAGACGUGUGGUCCUGGCACACAGACUCCACAAGUGGAAUGUGUCAACAGUGACGGAGAGGAGGUAGACAGACAGCUGUGUGGGGAUGCCAUCUAUCCCACUCCUAUUGUCUGUGAAGUCCCAUGCCUAAAGGACUGUGUGCUCAGCACAUGGUCAAAAUGGUCCUCAUGCUCUCACACCUGCUCAGGAAAAACCACUGAAGGGAAACAGACGCGGGCACGCUCUAUUUUGGCAUAUGCAGGUGAAGGGGGAGUUCAGUGCCCGAAUAGCAGCGCUCUGCAGGAAGUCCGCAGCUGUAAUGACCACCCCUGCACUGUCUAUCACUGGCAAACUGGGACCUGGGGCCAGUGCAUAGAGGACCCAUCAGUAUCAACUAUUAAUUCUAGCACCAGCUGGAGCGGUGAGCCCACCUGCUCAGUCGGAAUGCAGACAAGGAAGGUCAUCUGUGUGAGGGUCAACGUGGGACAGGUGCCACCAAAGAAGUGCCCUGAGAGUCUUCGGCCUGAUACAGUGAGGCCUUGUCUGUUGCCAUGCAAGAAGGAUUGUAUUGUAACACCUUAUAGUGACUGGACUCCCUGCCCAUCGUCAUGUCAAGAAGGGGAUCGUUCAAUAAAGAAACAGUCUCGUAAUCGUGUCAUCAUCCAGCUGCCAGCAAAUGGUGGCCAGGAUUGUCCUGAAGUACUGUAUGAGGAGAAGGAAUGUGAGACCUCAUCCGUGUGCCCUGGUUUCAGAUGGAAGACCCAUAAAUGGCGUCGCUGUCAGUUAGUGCCAUGGUAUGUACGUCAAGACAGUCCUGGAACUCAUGAGACAUGUGGCCCAGGACUACAAACAAGAGCAAUAUCCUGUCGCAAGCAAGAUGGUGGACAAGCUGACAUUGGCGAGUGCUUGAAGAAUUGCAGAUUUAUGCCUCCUAUUACUCAACCAUGCCAACUGCCUUGCCAGAAUGACUGCCAGUUAACCAACUGGUCUAAGUUCUCUUCUUGUAGUGCAGACUGUGCAGGAGUUAGAACCAGAAAACGAGCACUUGUCGGGAAAAGCAAGAAGAGAGAGAAAUGCAGAAACAACCAAAUGUUCCCCCUCACUGAGACCCAGUACUGCCCUUGUGACAAGUACAACGCCCAGCCGGUGGGGAACUGGUCUGACUGCAUUCUGCCAGAUGGGAAGGUGGAGGGUAUCCUGGGAAUGAAGGUCCUGGGGGACAUCAAGGAGUGUGGACAGGGCUAUCGCAGCCAGGCCAUGGUCUGCUAUGAUCAGAAUAACCGCAUAGUGGAAACCUCUCGGUGUAACAGCCACGGCUAUAUUGAAGAGGCCUGUAUCAUCCCCUGCCCCUCAGACUGUAAACUUAGCGAAUGGUCUAACUGGUCACGCUGCAGUAAGUCUUGUGGAAGUGGUGUGAAAGUACGCUCUAAAUGGCUUCGUGAAAAACCUUACAAUGGAGGAAGACCGUGCCCUAAACUGGACCAUGUCAACCAGGCCCAGGUGUAUGAAGUGGUCCCAUGUCAUAGUGACUGCAGUCAGUAUGUCUGGGCAGCUGAACCAUGGAGUGUGUGGAAAGUGAGCUAUGUUGAUCUGAAGGAGAACUGUGGAGAAGGUGUACAGACAAGAAAAGUCAGAUGUAUGCAAAAUACCAUAGAUGGGCCCUCGGAUCAAGUAGAAGAUUAUCUCUGUGACCCUGAAGACAUGCCUCUCGGUGCCAGAGAGAGCAAGCUGCCUUGUCCUGAAGACUGUGUUUUAUCUGACUGGGCACCAUGGAGUCGAUGUCCUUUGUCUUGUAGUGGAAAUAGCACUCAUGCACGAUCUGCAUAUCCCAUAAGGAAGCCUGGAGAAGGAAGAGAUUGUCCCAGUUUCACAGAAACUGAGGCAUGCAGUCUGAACAAGAACUGCUACCACUACACAUACAAUGUCACAGACUGGAGUACAUGUCAGCUGAGUGAGAAAGCUGUGUGUGGCAAUGGUAUAAAAACACGGAUGUUAGACUGUGUUCGAAGUGAUGGCAAGUCUGUCGAUCUCAAGUACUGCAAAGAGCUUGGUUUGGAGAAAAACUGGCAAAUGAACAUGUCCUGUGUUGUGGAAUGUCCCGUGAACUGCCAGCUGUCAGACUGGGCUGCCUGGUCAGAAUGCUCUGAGUCCUGCGGACUAUUAGGGAAAAUGUGGCGUAAGAGAACUGUGAUUCAGCCUUCUCAAGGGGACGGCAGGCCGUGUCCUUCACAGAUGGAGCAGUGGAAACCCUGUCCAGUCAAACCCUGCUACAGAUGGCAGUAUAGUCGGUGGUCUGAAUGCAAAGUUGAUGAUGCUCAGUGUGGAGAAGGUGUGAGGUUCCGGAACAUCUCAUGUUUUGUGUUUGAUGGCUCCAAGGAAGAUCAUGGAAGCACAGUAGAUGAGGAGCGUUGUGAAAAGGUGGAGCCUUCUGUAGAUGGAGGCAAAGACAUUAUACUUGAAGAGAUUUGUGCUGUCCCAUGUCCAGGUGAUUGCUACUUGACCGACUGGACAGAAUGGAGCCCCUGCCAGCUCAGCUGUGUAAAUGGGGAAGUCCUGGAUUUUGGUGCAGUUCAGGUUCGUUCCAGGGCAGUAAUAGCUCAAGAGCAGGAUAAUCAACAGCAGUGUCCAGAACAAAUGUGGGAAUCCCGGCCUUGUGCAGAUGGCGAGUGCUAUGAAUACAAGUGGAUGACCAGCCCCUGGAGAGGGUCUUCCCGUUCAAUUUGGUGUCAACGGUCCGAUGGAUUAAACGUAACAGGUGGCUGUCCUUUAACAAGCCAGCCUGUGUCUGACAGGUCCUGUGAUCCACCUUGCAAUAAACCUCAAUCCUACUGCACUGAGCUUGGAGUUUGUGGCUGCGAGGUAGGUUUUACUGAAGUGAUGACGUCGGAUGGCGUGCUUGAUCAGUGCACCCUGAUUCCAGUACUUGAGAUGCCAACAAUGGGGGACAAAAAGGCAGAUGUGAAGACAAGCCGAGCUAUCAAUCCCACCCAACCGUCCACCAACCAGCCAGGGCAUGGCGGUAGAACCUGGUUCUUACAGCCAUUUGGACAAGAUGGGAAACUGAAGACAUGGGUUUAUGGUGUAGCUGCUGGAGCAUUUGUGCUACUCAUCUUUAUAGUUUCUAUGAUUUAUCUAGCUUGCAAAAGGCCAAAGAAACCCCAGAGAAGGCAAAACAACAGACUGAAACCUUUGACAUUGGCUUACGACGGUGAUGCUGAUAUGUAGGCUUCUCAGCAAGCACAUGGUCUACGGAGUGAAAACGCAAUGUGUCUAUUACAGUACUGCUGAGUGCCCCGUCCUGACAUGCCCCGUCCUGACUGGAUUUAAAAGCCCUGUGGCAUUAUCCAUGCAGGUCUUUGGAAAGCAUGUAAACUAAAAAAUAAAAAACAGAGACUGACUGGAACAAAUGUUCAAAAGAACCAAUAUACAAGUACACAGUUUGAAGAAAAUCCACAUUCAACAGUAGCCUAUUAUAUAUAUAUAUAUAUAAAAAAAACAAUAAUAAUGAAUAUAUAAUAUAAAAGCUUUUUUUGUUUGCUCUUUUUUUUGCUGCACAAGAGCCUUUAGAAACUAUAGGCUAAAGUGAAACUGCCUUUGCUGUAGAGUUGUUCAUUCUAUGUAUACUAACUGUUUUCUACAUAGAGGUUACUGCAGCAGAGCAAUGGGCAUGCUCAAACUGGAUUCCAUAAGCACAAAGAACAUAUCCCUAGCUUCUAAAAGCAGACAACAAUACUAUAAGGAGAACCUCCUUUGUGCUUGCAGAAGUAAGGGACUGGGGCUAAAAGUACUUGCAUGUUGCCAGUAGCCACUGCAUAUACGCAAAAUGCCUAGUUGGAGGACUCCAUUUCUUGCAUUGCAGCUGCAACAUAUUUCUACAACCCCUACUUUAUAAAAUUCCAAGACACAUUUUCAAUUUGGAUGUUUCCCUGUAGCUCCUGUUUUUUGGAAGAUAUACUGGUAGAUAUCUACAACUAAUUAACAUACAUUUAUACCGUCUUAAAUCUAUUGGACUCCUGCCUGCAACCUUUUACUACAUUUCAGGCACAUUUUUGCACUAUAUUAGUGCAGCAUGAUAUGCACUUAUAUCUAGUAUUGCCAUAGAAAACUGCCUCUUUCAAAGCAGGGUGACGUAGUGUCUUGUGCUAGAAGUUUAAAAGACAUUUUCCAGAAGGAGCAAACCAGUGUGUACCUAUUAAUUUAAGAGUAGAGUUCUGUAAUGUGACAGAAUAAAAACAAAAUAAAAAAUAAGUGGAUAUGUGUAUAUAAUCGCUCUUGUCACAACAGGAAAUUUGUAAAACCAGUAACCUUUGUGGUCUGUACAGUUGCAGUAUUAUAAGUGUCUAGUUUUCUGCCCGACUAACUUUAAAUGCAUAAUUUCAGCAAUGGUUUCUAAUACUGUGAUUUUUAAGGCUGUUUACACCUUGUUUUAUAUUUGUUUUCUAUGAUACCUGAAAUAUUUAAGGAUCAGUUUGCCCUUGUUAACUGAUUCCACAUUUAGAUGACAUUUUGUGCUAAGGGAUCAAGACAUGUUAAAUAACUACAAGUAGCUAAUCACUGCUCCAAACUUGUAGAUUUGCUUACUUCAGAUAAAGAACAUUAGCAUUUGCCUUAUCUUUCACACUGACACAGAACAAGAAAACAUUGUAUAAAUUCAAAGCUUGUGGAGCUUACAAACCACCGUUGCAUUGUAAACAAAUACCCAUAGUAAUUGCUUUUUAAGUAUCAAAUACCUAUCACACCUGUAGAUACUGAGCCUUAUUACUGUGUAAACUUAAAAUGCAUUUAGAAGAAUCAACCAAUAUCUGCUUCAGGUUGGUAUAAGGACAUACAAUUGUCUUCUAGAGGGGAGUUAUUUUCAGAAAAUGUGCAAUAUCGAGGUUGAAACUUAGAAGAACAUUUUGGACAGCAAAGAGUUAUCACACAUUUUAACCAUUACCGUUCAUAUACUACAAAAACAUAAAGUGAGGACAAAUUCUGUCAACUUUAAAAAAAAUGUAGCGUGAAAUCAUUUAAUUUCUGUCAAUUUCUGAAUUGUGAGUAGAUGAUUAGGAUUCUGUAAGCUUUGUCUCUCCCCAAGUUCAGAUUCUGUGCAAUGAGUUUGUGGUAAGCCUCUUAACUGCUAUAACAGGGAGUGGGAUUCUUAAAUGCAUUGUCGCAUCUGUUCGGAUAGUUGUAAUGCAUUUAGUCUGUAGACAGGUAGAUCAAAACGCAUUAUCAUUCUGCCAAUAGAAGUUAAAUAAGUGAGUUUAGCCAUUCAUCCUCAACACAGUACAUUCAUUUUCCUAAAAGAGAAGUUCCUAUAUCAUUCCUUUUAGAAUUUCAAAGCAAAACUUACACACUAAAUACAUCACAAUUGUUAAACAUUAAACAUGAACACAAUUAUACAGUAUUUCACAUGUUCCAUGGUGUUACUUUGUGUCAUUUACCCCAAUGUGAAAGCUACAGUUCGCCUAUGAAAAUAGGGUGGUAGCUUUUAAAAGAAUGUUUACUUUUUAAUUGUAUUCUUAUUUUGAUUUGUAAAUAAUGUGUGUUAUUUUUAUUUUAUAAAUUGUGUAUAUUUCUUUUGUAAUGCACAAAGUGUUCAGUACAAACCUCUAACAAUGCGUGUAUAAUGUUGCUGAGCUUUGUUAAGUUAAUACAGAUGACAUGUAAAGAUGAAGUAACAAGGUUCCAGACAUUUUCCUACCAGUUGUUUGUUUGUAACUGACAAAUUGCUUAUAAUAAAUUAAGAAAGUGUUCAGCUUUUUCAGUGUUAAUUUUUAAUUAGUUUAGAAUUGAAAAGCAAAAUACUAAUUUUGAUACAGGUGCUUGUUACUUUCCUUGCAUCUUUUAAUAAAUAUGUGUAAUGCAUAUGA